CCAAUUUCCGAGCCAGAAGGCGGAGGCCCCACAAAAGCAAUUUUCAAUUUCUGAAACUCCGGCGACCCGCCUUCGUCUCCUCCGACCUAUAAGACCCAACUUCACUCCCAUUUCGCCCCACAGAUCUCGCUUCUCUUCUCACUCUAGAUUCCUUUCCGGCAUUUUCUUCAUUCCUGUUCUUCUUUUUUCUCUCUCGUUUUCCCGGAAAAUUUUUUCACUGGUUCUUCUUGAUCGGCGACGUCGCUACCUCGAAGAAAUGGCGGGUGAGAAAUGGGUGCUGAUGGUGACUGCGCAGACGCCGACGAACAUCGCGGUGAUUAAGUAUUGGGGGAAGAGGGACGAGGCCUUAAUUUUGCCUGUUAAUGAUAGCAUCAGUGUUACCCUUGAUCCGAGCCACCUCUGCACCAUCACCACCGUCGCCGUUAGUCCUAGCUUCGAGCAGGAUCGGAUGUGGCUCAAUCGCAAGGAGAUAUCCCUUUCUGGAGCCAGGUAUCAAAAUUGUUUAAGGGAAAUACGCAGUAGAGCUAAUGAUGUUGAGGAUAAAGAAAAGGGAAUUGAGAUAGCCAAAAAGGACUGGGAGAAAUUGCAUGUAUAUAUUGAUUCAUACAAUAAUUUCCCAACUGCUGCUGGCUUGGCUUCCUCUGCUGCUGGUUUUGCUUGUCUCGGCAAGGUUCAGGAAGUGCUUGCCGUAGCUUAUAUGGUGGAUUCGUGAAGUGGAACAUGGGAAAAGAAAAGGAUGGAAGUGAUAGUCUUGCAACUCAACUUGCUGACGAAAAGCACUGGGAUGAUCUUGUAAUUAUCAUUGCUGUGGUAAGUUCACGACAAAAGGAAACAAGUAGCACUACCGGUAUGCGAGACACCGUAGAAACAAGUUUGCUUUUACAACAUAGAGCAAAGGAAAUUGUACCAAAGCGCGUGUUAGCUAUGGAAGAAGCUAUUAAAAAUCGCGAUUUUGUAUCCUUUGCACAACUGACAUGCAACGACAGCAACCAAUUUCAUGCAGUCUGUCUUGAUACUUCUCCCCCAAUAUUUUAUAUGAAUGAUACAUCCCACAGGAUAAUCAGUCUCGUUGAGAAAUGGAACAGUUCCGAAGGAGAACCUCAGGUCGCAUAUACUUUCGAUGCGGGGCCAAAUUCGGUUCUAAUCGCACGUAAUAGAAAAACUGCUUUAUCAUUGCUUCAGAGGUUACUUUUCUACUUCCCCCCACAUCCAGAAACGGAGUUAAACAGUUAUGUUCUUGGUGACAAGUCAAUCCUUCAAGAUGCUGGUAUAAAGGGUGCUGAGGAUAUUGAAUCCCUGCCACAACCUCCAGAAAUUAACAGUUCAUCCCAGAAAUACCAAGGGGAUGUCAGUUAUUUCAUCUGUACCAGGCCGGGCAAAGGGCCAGUCGUGCUCCCUGACAGUGAAGCUUUACUCAACCCCAAAACUGGGCUGCCGAAGAACCUCUAGAGGAUUUUAUUAGUUGUCUGCUACAUUUCUACUGAAGGUGUGACUCUGAAAGUUCAGGAUAGAUGAUCAAUCAACUGUUGGAGCCAUUUUUGGAAAUAUGCAGUUUCGAAGGUAGACGUUUGUUCGUUCGCUUGAAUGUAGUCGGAAUAAUUUCACUGUUCCUUGUUGUUGGCUUUUAAGAACGGGAACCUGUAAGUUUGUAUGAACAUUUGUUAGUUACUCAUCGUCCUGCAAGUUUAGUGUCUUUAUUCUUUGAUGCUUCUUUUUUAUGUAGGUUAAGCUUCCAUUGUCAAACAGAGUAGAAUCAUAAUAAAUUAAAUGAGUUGAUAAUGAUUUAGGUGCUCUUUGAUUUAAUUUGAUGUUCGAGAUUCGAACCUUCGACCUUCAAUAAA